GCUCCGCAGCCCUGGUAACGCGCCGCGCGGUGAGGAACAGUCGAGAACAGCGUCAGGUUAAAUCAUGCCCCGUGUUUAUAUCGGACGACUGAGCUAUCAUGUCCGCGAGAAGGACAUCCAGCGGUUCUUCAGCGGAUAUGGGAAGCUGAUGGAAAUCGACCUGAAAAACGGCUAUGGAUUCGUGGAGUUUGAGGAUAACCGUGACGCCGACGACGCCGUGUACGAGCUGAACGGGAAGGAGCUGUGCGGGGAGCGGGUGAUCGUCGAACAUGCCCGGGGACCGCGGCGAGACCGAGAUGGCUACGGUGGGGGUUACUGGGGUGGUGGGCGCAGUAGCGGUUACAGCAGCCGGAGCCGCUCUGGCAGGGAUAAGUAUGGACCCCCAGUCCGUACAGAGUACCGUCUCAUCGUGGAAAACUUGUCAAGUCGCUGCAGCUGGCAGGACCUCAAGGACUUCAUGCGCCAGGCAGGAGAGGUGACUUACGCAGAUGCCCACAAGGAACGCACAAAUGAGGGAGUGAUCGAGUUUCGGUCCCAUUCUGACAUGAAGAGAGCUCUGGACAAGCUGGAUGGCACAGACAUCAAUGGGCGUAAGAUUCGUUUGGUGGAGGACCGACCUCGCAGACGAAGGUCUUACUCUGGCAGCCGCUCCAGAUCUCGUAGUCGCCGUCGCUCCCGCAGCAGGAGCCGCAGGAGCCACAGAAGCAGGAGCUCCAGGAGUCGUUCCAGAUCCCACUCCAGAUCUCGUUCCCGCAGCAACAAAAGACGUCGUCAUUCCCGCUCCAGAUCUGGAAGGAAGUCUCGCUCCAAGUCAGGAGAAAGCAAGUCGCGCUCUCGCAACCGCAGGUCCCGUUCUCGAUCCCGCAAAUCCAAGUCUCGUUCACACUCGCGCAAAUCCCGCUCCCGUUCAGCCGACCAUAAAUCCAAGUCCCGCUCAAAGAGCCGCUCAAAGGUAAAGUCAGAGCGGGAUUCACGCAGUCGAUCCAAGGAGAUGGGUGGCGACAAAAAGUCCCGCAGUCGCUCAGCUUCCCCAGUUGAGAAUGGGAAGGAGGAGCGCGCCAUCAAAUCUGCCUCCCGCUCUCCAUCCCCACAGGAGGACGACCGCCGAUCCAAGUCAAGGGAGAAGCGCUCAGCCUCCCGUUCAAGGUCUCGCUCACGGUCUAGAUCAGCUUCUCAGGAUUAGUGGAAUUAGGAAAGUGAGGUGUUUCUCAUUGCUGAGCUUUGAUCCCUAAUGCUGUACAUAUUGAGCUGUGUUGUCAUACUGGCUUUGCUUACUGACUUGUCUACUUUCCUCCCUCAAGUGUGCAGUUGUUUCAGAUGAUGCAUGGCAGUGAUGGGGACACGUUUCAGAAUUUAGCUCUUUCCCAAAAGUCGCCAAUUUAUUUUUCCUAAAGUGAACUCUUAGUCUUAAAAUGUUAUCUUUAUUUUACAUAUUUGCCACAGAAUGGUUUGGCUGACAGAUGCAAUCCAUCUUACUAACGUUGUACGUGUCCCCACUAAUGUCUGGAGCAUCCAUCAGGAGCACAUCAAGCUGCACAGCUGUGGGAGAAAAGUAGCGUUUGGUUACAGCAUUGGAGCAGUUUCUCUUUUUGAGCUGCAGUCUCGAUGAUUGCUUUCUCAAGGAAUCAGUCUGUCUUGCAGCACUCUUAAAUGCACAACAAAAGAUCUGCAAAACUGCAUAUUUACAAGAAGGAGAAAAAAAAGAUGAGGGUUUGUAUUUCAUGUUUGAACAACUUCAAUCGUAGGUGGACUAUUAAUGAUCCCUUUUUAACCUCUUGUACAUAAACCGUGUGACCAGAAUCAAACUGAUUAUUCGUUUUUGUUGCUUACCAGUGUUUUUUUGGGGGGGGUUAUUUUCGUAAUCUUUGAGCAGGUAAUCUGUGGGAAGGCCUUUUUACUUUAUGGAUUUCAGUUUUGCUCAAGCCUCAAGGCCUCAGAUGCAGUUUGUCACAGAUUUUCAGUUAAUUUUUUUUUUUGUGAGUUUAAGGCUUGUCCAAACCCUUUAACCCUGGAUUAUAUUGUGCAGCUAGUACUGGGUUUUUUUGUACUCCGCAGACAACA